CUCCCACCUCCGAAGCGCGGGGCCGCGCCAGACCCCUCCAGGCCUGGGCCAGCUCGGGAGGACCGGCCGCGCGCCCCCUCCUCCGCGGCCGGGAUGCGGCUCUGAGCUCCGGCCGCCUGCAGCCCGGGUGGGCCGCGCAGGACGCUCGCGCUCGUGGUUCCUGAGAGACAGAAUUAUCAUUUUUGAUCAACAAACCAAGCCCGGAACCUGAUGGGGUGGAAUGCUGACGGCUCUCCUACCCGAAUUUCCCUUUAGUAUCUACCUUGCGGCUGAGCUUUCCAACCACAGGACCUCUUACCUACCAAAACAUGGCUUUCCUGAAGAUGAAGUUCAUGUAUGCCUGCCUGCUGGGGAUUGGGGUGCUCUGUCUGUACUUCAGCAUAGGUCCUUUUAAAGGAGGAAUAUUUAUUUUAAAAAAAAACUACGGGCAAUUCCUUCAGCUCCCGGGUAUCGACUGCCGGCGGAAUCCCCCCUUCCUCAUCCUGCUGGUCACGUCCUCCCACCAGCAGGUGGCAGCUCGCAAGGCCAUCCGGGAGACAUGGGGCGGAGAGCGGGUGGUGACAGGACAGCUGGUGAGAACCUUCUUCCUCCUGGGGACCACGGCCAGCAAGAACGAGAUGACAGUGGUGGCCCAGGAGAGCCAGCAGCACGGGGACAUCAUCCAGAAGGACUUCAAGGACGUCUAUUUCAACCUGACCCUGAAGACCAUGAUGGGUAUGGAAUGGGUCCACCGCUAUUGUCCGCAGGCAGCUUUUGUGAUGAAAACAGACUCAGACAUGUUUAUAAACGUCCACUAUCUGACCGAACUCCUACUGAAGAAAAACAGAACGGCAAGAUUUUUCACGGGCUACUUAAAGCUGAAAGAGUUUCCGAUCAGGAACAAGUUCAGUAAGUGGUAUGUGAGUCCGUCCGAAUACCCGUGGAGCAAGUACCCGCCCUUCUGCUCCGGUACUGCCUACGUCUUCUCCAGUGACGUGGCGAGUCAGGUGUAUAACAUCUCCAAGAGCAUCCCAUUCAUUAAGCUGGAAGAUGUGUUUGUGGGGCUCUGCCUGGCCAAGCUGGGGAUCCGGCCAGAGGAGCUCCACUCCCGGCAGACCUUCUUUCCCGGGGGGUUGCGCUUUUCCACCUGCCGCUUUAAGAAGGUGGUGGCCUGUCACUUUGUCAAGCCCCAGGAGCUGCUCACCUACUGGCAGGUGCUGAAGACUUCAGAGGAGGAAGACUGUCAGGGUGUCUGAGCGGGCCCCACGGGCACAUGGGUCAAACUUCUGGUAACCCACAGGGAUGGCUUGGGGAAGAUCUGGCCGGCCUCGCUGGGUAGGGAGGGAGCAGGACGGUGAGGGUGCUCUAGAUCCAGACUUGGUGAACGAGGGCGCUUAGGUGCAGCCACUGUGGCUUUCCACCACACCCCCGCACCAGUGGAUCCCAUCUCUCAGGCACCCACCCAAGGUGCUGUGUGCUUGACACAUGCGCCCAUUUGAUCACUUCCGGGCUCGUACCUAUGUGAAGCUAUGGAUGCUGUCACUCCCCUUUUCAGAUAAGGAAAAACAGCUGAAGAAGCACAGUCACUCGUCUGCAGAUGGCCUCCCCAUCCCUUUUCAGAGUCCCCCAGCCCAGCUCCCACCCUGAGGCUUUUUAGUGUGAGCCCGGGACCAACCUCUCCCCGCCCUGGGGUGACAUAGUGGGGCACUGAGUCCCGGUUAGUGACUCCGGCCGGUUAGUGACUCCGGCCGCACAUCUCCCAAAGCGUGUCUCUGAAGACCCAAUUGCCUGCAGUUGCCAUGAGCACACUGCUGACUUCCAGUGAGCACCAUGUCUCCUCCAGCUGCUGGGGCACCUGGUCUCCAGCAGCCAGUGUCCUUUGUCUUGCAUUGAUGGGACCGACUGAGGGCUUCGGGUCUCCGAGCUCAAACUGGAGGGCAGCUGGGCACCAGGCACUAUCUACCCAGGCUUUCAGGGCAUUUCUGGCUUUCCUUGGGUCUAAGUCGAGCCGCUUGAUCACAGGGACCACUUAGGCACAAAGCACCCACGGCCCCAGGUCCAGGGAUGGGUCCCUGUGCCUCUGUCCCAAGCCUGAGCCCAGCUCAUGUGCUGAGCUUGUUGUGUGGCCAAGGAACCACCGAAUGCCCCGCUCUGGAGUUUAGCUUUGCAUUUUGUCUCCCCGGAGGUUUGCAUGAGCCUGUUUAGCAAGGCUGUGUAAAAACUGGGCAGGUUUGUGCGAGGUCCUGAAGCCGUUCAUUUGGCCGCUGUCACAGGGUGUGCAUGCUCUGCACCCGAGGAAAGAUGCAGCUGGAAGCAGAUGCUGUCCUCCUCUGCUGCUGAGCUGAAGGGCUUCCCACGCUCCGCCUCCCUGAGAUGCUCACUUUAGUGACACCAACACCCCUGGUGUCUGGCUGAGGAAACUGAGGCCUGCGAGCCACACCCUGUUCCGGGUCCCAUUCAGGGGCCCCAGCUCUGCUGAGGUGGCUCUUCAGUGCGCGGUGACCCCGAGCUGCUGAACCCUGGGCGGUUCUUGGUCAUCAAGGCAGUGCUGCCCCUGAUGCUCUCUCGCCCCAGCUCUAGGACCCUGUGUGCCCUUAGCCUUGCCCCUCUUGGCUGCUCACGCCUGUGCUGCUCCCUUCUCUGCUGUGACCCUCUGGGCCUGGUGUCCCCAGGCUCAGCCUGGACCCUGUGUCUGCUCAUUCUGUCCUCAGGGCCUCAUCCUGUGCCCUAGAGCUCAGUGUCCUCCUUCUGUUCCUGACACCCGUUGGUCUCCAGGCAGAACAUCCUCUUGAUCUUUGGUCUCACGCAUCCCACUGGCUACUUGAUUUCGCCGGAUGAGCAAAUCUCACUCUGAACUUCGGGUUAACCCCAGGAACCCACACCUGCAGCCUCGCAGUGUCAGUGCAGGGCCCCUCCAACUUCCCGUGGAGCCACCUCAGGGCAGACUGCUGGCUCACCUUCCAUCACAUCUGCCCUACAGUUACCGCGGCUGCCACCCUUGAACACGUCCCUGUCAUUUCCCUGCAGUUCCAGCAGCAGACCAAGCUCCUGUCUCCCUGAGCUCUAGGCCUCAGUUCAGCAGCCAUGCGAAUCUCUCCUCCUGGCACCCAAAGGCACACGGAGCCACAAUCUGAAGCUGAAGUCCAGACCUUCCUCUCUCAAACCCAGCUACCCCCAGUCCCAGGUCUCGGGGACACCGCCACCAUCCCUCCACCCUUCAUCCCUGCAGGCCAAGGCCAUCCCUGUGACCUGUCCCUGUGGGUUUGGCCUCUCCCUCCAUGUCCACCCUGGUCACCUCUGUUCCGACCACCGUCUUGGUUCAGCCUGACUCAGGCCCUUGGGGCUGUCCUUCCUCCUUCCAAUCUGUCCUUCACUUUACCUCCAGAUAGUUGUUAAAAAGGAAGUCAGAUUGGAAAAGAAGAGACCCAGGGAAGCCGAGUGGCUUGUUCCCAGGUGCCUUGUCCCUAGAACAGCGCUUCCUGGCCUGGGAUCAACAAGCAUGGAGGCCACCUCCCCACACAGGCUGCAGGAGGGUGACACGUAGCCAAGAGCAGCAGUUCCCGAUGUCCUGGCCUAUUUAGUAACCUUAGCCUGCAGAGUUCGCCAUGGCCAUGCUGCCCAUGGGCCACCUGCCUGGCAAUGCCCAGCUCCUGCUGGGCACCCCGCACUGCUAUGCUAUUCCGGAGGGCUGGCACAAAGCUGAAAUGGGUUUUUAAGCAAAAUUUAUUUUCAUGCCAAUUUUUGAUUCCCUUGAGGGUAGUUAUUUUUGUGCAGAAAAAUUAUGCACAUGUUUACUUUGGUUUUAAAAGUAAUGUGUUAAAUUUUUUCCCAGGCUUUAAACUUGAACAAGCAAAGCAGGUGGAAGGGACCCUGGGUAUACUUUACACACACGUGUGCACCCACCUAGCAUGUGGCAGCCCUAGCAGCCACAGAUCAGAGCGUGGACUCAGCCUGCUUUCUCAGAGGGACAGCUGGCUUCUCUGGCCCUUGCAGGGACCAUGCAGGUGCAAUCCUUGCAGUGCUCCAGACCCCAUGUGACCGGAGCCAAAAAACCCAGAUGUGGACACCAGGCUGCUGUGUACCUGCUGAGGAAGCUGAGAGAAAAGCCUGUCUUUGUUGGUUUUCUGUUGCUAUAACCAAAUACACACCUGGGUCAUUCCCCAACACGGACUUUUGUGAGAUGCAUUCGAGGCACAGCAGUCCACAGAGAGGAAAUUAGCGUGGGGAGAGGAGACCACUUCCAAGCCCACAUGAGCCCAUCAGGGAGACCCCAUCUCACUUGGCCUGUGGCACAUCUUAGGUGUCACCUCCAGGUUUGAACAUGGCUGUGCAGCUUGCUGGCUCUGGAAACGGGGUUCUUAUUCUCUGUGGACCUCAGGUUCUGCACCUCACUAAAAGCAGUGAUAACUUCCACCUCAGAAGUUUGUGUGUAGAGUGGGAGUCACCUAAGAGAAUUCCCCUCACAUUCUCAGCACCGCUGUGCCCGGAAUGGGGCACAGGUUGGAUGCUUGAGCUUUUGUUUUGAUGUGGCAACCUGCAGUGUGGCCCGGCAGUGAUGGUCUUGCUUGGUUAUUGCUCCAAAUAGUCUUGAUUGGUGGGGGAAAGCUGUGUGGCUUCUAACAUGUGGGUUAUGAGGGAGAGGGUCUGAUGAGACAGCACGCCCAGGAGUGAUGCGGCUGUCAUGCGAAUGAAAGUUGUAGUCACUCGGCCCUAGUGCCACAUUCCCCUCAAGUGCUGGGUGUGAGACAGUGAAUUCCCUCCCUGCUUUAGGGUGAGUGAGGUAGACCAGGGCAGGACAAGGUAGCCAACACCCAGCUUCCUGGUCUUCAGAAUCUAGUGCCCCAGGGUGAGGUUUUGUGAACCUUAACCCCAGGCCCAUGUUAUGCACACUACAAGGUCUGGCACCUGGAUGUGAAUUUUAGCUCUCACUCUACUGAGAGACAGCUAAUUUGCCUUCUCUUUGUCUUAGUUUUCUCUUCUGAAAGAUGGGACAAUAGUAGUUCCCACCUCCCAGGGUUCAUGUGUGGGUUAAAUGAGACACAAUAGAAAUUGCAUAAUAUCCCAUAGUAGGUGCUUAAUAAAGGGAGGUGCUCAUGGUCCCAGUUGGGUUUGGGCUGUGAAUUUGAGGGACUGGUAAGGUGGCAUGCACAGCGCCACCUCUGUGUGCGGAAGUGGUGAUCAUCUAUGUGCAAUGAGAGGUCCAUGGACCUAGUCUUGAGGGCUUCAUGUCAGCUCCAGUUCCUUUCCUUCCUUCGUCUCUGUUGGGGAUGGAACCCGGGGCCACAUGCAUGCUGAGCAUGUGCUCUGCCCCAGAGCCUCACUCUAGCCCUCCUUUCUUCCUCCACAGCAUUCCUGGAACUCCUGGAGAAAUUCUCCUCUCCAGGACAUGCUUCAGACCACAGGGCACCGUGCUCUGGGCUUUGCUAGUUCAGGGAUGUGACAAUCUGAACAUGGGAAGGGAAAACUUGGGGUAGUGUGCAGCACUGAAGACCAAACCAGCCAGCCCUGCCUUUGAUGAGAAAACCAAGGCUCAGAGCAGCAGAGAGACUUGGCCAGGCCUUCUGUGUGUGGCGCGUCCAGGACUGGAGCCUGGCGUUGGGAGCCCUGCUGGCCACUCACUCCUAUUCAUCCACUCGCUGGGUAGAUCAGCGCAGGGCUUCGAUGGGCUGGCAUGGGGCCCAGGCUGAGGGGUGAUGCUGAGGGGGUUUUGCAACCAGAGCCUUCCUGAGUCCCCAGUGCGAUCUCUUGGCAUCUGCUCAGUGCCGUCUCCGUGCUCAGAUGUGGUCAGCCAUGUCCCACCUGCUGUUGCAUUGAGGACACCCAGCUGCUCCUGUGAGCAGCCCUGCCCGCUCCACCUGAGCAUGGUUGGCAAGGUUGGCAUGGUUGCCAUGUCCCUCACAUCCUGCUUUCCCCACAGCUCAGGACUCGUCCCAUCCAAAGGCCGUUGGCUCGUCCCUUAGCUGCUGCCCCUCUUCUGUGAGUGUUGCCAUGACCGUGUCUCUGCUCCUUCCUGGUUCUAUUUGAUGUGCUAAGAUGUGACCCUGGGCCAUGCAUGGCAUUCCCCAGACCCUGUCGUUUAUCUGGGGGCCUCCCUGCCCAGCCCUGUGCUGAGGUCACUUAAGCUUCCUAAACUACUGGCAGAACCUCAGCCCUUUUCUGUCAGCCUGCUUCCCUCUCUCCUUCCCUAAAACUUCACAGAACAAAGCCCUGGGCCCAACACUGGGACUGUAAGUGUCUUCAGGUGCGUGUGUGUGUGUGUGUGUGUGUGUGUGUGUGUGUGUGUGUGUGUGUGUAUGACAGAUUUGGGGGUCUUUAUCAAAGAAUCAGCUCGUUUGUCUCCUAGGGCCUUCCUCAGCUAUCAGGUGUGAGGAUGGCACUUGGGAGGUCUCCUUUGUCCUCACGUUUGCUCAAGCAGUUGCACACUUACUCCAACGCGGGGAAUGGUCCCCAGCCACGUCAUUCUGAGAUUUCCCCAUACUCCGAGCUUCAGGCAGAGGGUUUAGAAAGAGCGACAUAAAGCGAAUCGUCCAACAUCUUGCUUGUGUUUUCCACAAGCAAAAGCUGUGCAUUCCAGUCCUCUCCUCCAUGUAGCCUGGGUAAACAGUUUUGAAAGAAAACAGCCGAGCAGCCGAGACUCCCCUGAGCGGCCCAUGCCGAGAGCCCACGGCUCUGUGAUAGACUGAAUUAUUCAGCAGCCCGAUUUCAUACGACAGCUGCCGUGCAUCAUGUUAAAAAUAGAUGAGAUGAGGUUUACAUUUUCUCUGUGUCUCCUACCUGGAAGUACUUUUUAUUAAGAAUUAAUUCCCAGCUCUUUUCAUAGCAGAAAUGACAUUUUAGCCACUGCCAUCUCCCGGUAGAUGGAAGAGGUCCUGAAGGACCUUCUGCCUUGCUCUGCCUGUCUCUCCUGAGGCCUGCCAAAGAGAACUUGGGAACAGGAAUUUCUGUCCAUUUUUCUGCUUUCGAAGUCCAGGUCCUGAGGUGGGAUGGAUCCUCAGAUCAGCCCUGAAGGUGAAGAGUGGAACUGUCCUCCCAGCCUGGGGCAGAGCCACACCAGGAUGCGUCCAAACAAAACAUUAGUUUUUCAUUCACUUUAAAAACUGGACACUGCCUGUGAGACAUAAUUAAUUGCUUUUAAAUACAAACAGAAGAGGUCUAGGGGUGUAGCUCAGUGGUAGAGUGGUUGUCUAGCAUGGCUGAGACAAAUUUUAAAAAUAAAUAAAUCCAAGUAGGGAAAUUGAUUUCAUUGCCAAGGGUAUUUUUGUUUUUCCAGUACUGGGCCCAGAGCCAGGGCAUUUGCACUAAGCUGCAUUCUAGCUGUCUCUUUUUUAAAGUUUUAAAUUUUGAGACGGGAUCUUGAUAGGUCACUCCUUUGCACAGGCUGAGCUCCGACUUUGGAUCCUCCUAUUUCAGCCUCCCAGGGUGCUGGGGUUACAGGAGUGUGCCAUCAUACCUGGCUUGUUUCAUUUCUGUGUGGUUUUAUUUUUGGUGCUGGACAUAGAACCCUAAGCCUCCACCACUGAGCUGUACCCUGUCAUGCUGUUUUCACAAUCCUCUCUCCUACUUUCCUUCACCGAUUUAAGGGAUCAGUGCUCCGUGUGUGCAGAAUGUAGAUGGCCAGCAUGGCACCCACGCCGUGGGGGACAUAAACACGAGGCCCACUGGCUCAGAGCUCUCAUCGUUUAAGUCCCCAGAGGAGGUAAACCAAGAAAGUAGUGAUACCCAUGGUUACAUUCUGCUUUGCAAAACAAUCAGCUGGGUCAAUCUCUGUUGCUUGUCUCUUACAAAUAAGACAUCAUAAAUAUCCAACACCACUGGAAAUUACUUAGCACUAACAGAGGAGACUUCGUUGUCAAAGUUUGCUUUUCUUAAAAGAUAAGAAACUAAAGUGAAUUUAUAUGUUAUUGAAUGUCAUUUAAACUGUCAUUUCCUUGUAUGUUAAGGGGGUCUUCCAGAGUCUUACAUAUCACACAUGGGAGUGGGCAUAUGUAUUUAUUUCUGAUUUGUUAAGUAUAGUAUUUAUCUUUAAUGAAAAUGUUAACAUAGAAUCAUGCCCUUGACUCAGGUAGUUCCGAGUUGUAAAUGCAUAAGAUAAACUUGUGCUCUUCCCAAAAAGUCUGCAAGGUGCAGCUGAAAAUGGACCAUGUUUUUAUUUUCCCAUUGAUAUUUUCUGUAUUUAUUUUGUGUUUGGAAAAAUAUUUUUUAAAUUGACCUUUGAUUUUAUAUGUUUAGAAAACUACACUGAACAAUCUUGAUGUGAUAAUCUUUGUAAGCUAUAAGGACUUCUGGUUUGCCUUGGGCUUGGAAGCAACGCAAUGGCACUUUACAGUUUGGAAGGUCUAUGGGGCUGGUUCUAGGUGGGCAGGGAAAGGCAAGGUCUCCUGUUGGGAAUUGUAAGUCAAGGGCAUUAUGACAUGGGCAUCUUUUGGAAUUUUGUUCUCUCAGGUAUAUUUUCCUAUCAUUUAAUUUUAAGAAAUCAAGAAUUAUGAGUUGAUAUGAUUGGAACUUUGGCGUCUUGGAUGAUAACCCAUCUUUGAGGUACAGAUUGGAUCCUUGAUCUUUCUGAAUGCCAUCGCAAUGGAAAUAAAAUGGCGGAAGCAGAUUAUUAGUA